ACUAGAAAAUUUUCUGAAUAUAAAUCAAUAUAAAAAAUGCUAAAAUGUAAAAUCCCAUAAAAAUAUUCCUUAAUUAUGGAAGCUCAUAAUUUUUAUAAUUAUACCUUUAAUAAAACUCAAAAUGAUAAAAUUAAUAUAACUUCGAAAGAUACAAUUUUUUUACAAUCACCUUUUACUCAAACCAUAACAGGUUUUUUUGCAUGGAUUGCAAUACUAAUCACUUGUCAUCAAAUAUAUAAACAUUUAAGAUAUUAUUCUGUACCAAAUGAACAAAGGUGGAUAGUAAGAAUCUUAUUCAUCGUUCCAAUAUAUGCAUUUGAUUCAUGGCUGAGCCUUGUGUUCUUUAAUAAUGAUAAUUACUAUAUCUAUUUUAACACUAUUCGUGAUUGCUAUGAAGCGUUUGUUAUAUACAACUUUCUGAGUUUGUGCUAUGAAUACCUGAACGGUGAAGGUGCCAUAAUGUCUGAACUCCGAGGAAAACCCAUUCCCCAAAAUUUAUGUUUCAGCACUUGUUGUUUUUCUUCUAAAGCCUACACCAUCGAAUUUUUGCGUUUUGUCAAACAGGCCACUCUUCAAUUCUGUUUCGUUAAACCUGUUGUGGCAAUAAUUACAUUAAUCCUGCAAUUUUAUGGCCUCUACAAAGAUGGAAAUUUUAGGAUUAAUUCAGGAUAUCUUUACGUGACAAUGAUCUACAACGUUUCAGUGACGUUGUCCCUAACAGCUCUUUACCUGUUUUAUGUAGCGACUAAAAAUAUGCUCCGUCCAUUUGACCCCAUACUCAAAUUCUUAUCGGUCAAAUCCAUCAUUUUUCUUUCCUUUUGGCAAGGUGUAAGCUUAGCCAUUUUAGAAAAAAUGAACGUUAUAAAUCCGCUUAAAACUGAAGAUGCAAUUACUACCAGUUCAGGAACUGUCGCUGCUGGAUACCAAAAUUUUUUGGUUUGUAUAGAAAUGUUUUUGGCUGCAAUUGCGAUGAGAUACGCAUUUCCAUACGACAUAUACUCUCAAAAUCAUAUAGGAGGUAAGGGUCAUCGAGUUACCAUGCAAAGCAUAUCCAAUAGCUUAAAAGAUACCAUGAACCCAAAGGAUAUGAUGACAGACGCUAUACACAACUUCCAUCCACACUAUUCACAUUACACCCAAUAUCUCUCUAACAGUGCAAACAACGCUAAUUCCAGUAACGCAUCAACGAAUGUUAACUCUGGGUUCUCAGCCAAGAACAAAACCAGCGACCAGGGAAGCAACAAAAAUAAAGGUUAUGGAUCCGCUUCUAAAUACUUGGGCAGUUCUAAGUCGAAAAAGCAUGUUAAGCAAGCCUCCACCACGUCUUCCAUCGAUUUAGAUCUAGGAAUAGGUCGUGAUGAAGAAGAUACUGUCAAAAUUAUUCCAGAAAUACUUAAAGAAAAGGAAGAUAAUUUAGAACAAACACCCAGAACAAACGUCAAUAAUAAUGUCACUAAUACUUCAUCCAACUUACUUAUUUUAGAUUGAAGUCUACAAUUAUUUUUAUUGCCACAUAACUCGUUUAAAUUAUUUAUUUUUCUUAAAUUAAAAAUUAUCGCAUAAAAUAAAUAAAUAUUUAGUCUGAAUUCAUACUUUAUAAAAAAAAUGACAAAAUGAACGAUCUCAUUAAAAAAAAGAUCAUGCACAUUUAUUUAUAAAUCAAAAAAGUGUUCUAUAACAAUAUUUGAAAUUCGAUUUUUAAUCCAGCAUUGAUAUCAAUGCGUCGAAAAACUUGCUUUUAUCCUUACUCUUAAUCAUUAUGAUUGUCGGGUCGAAAUUCGUGAGAUUGAAAGUUGAGUUAGUAUUACCAGCUGCUUGUUCGAAUGCUUUGCCUAAAAAACUUAUUAAUAAAGUUUUAAAAUAUAUUUAUAAGGCUAAUGAGUUAGACUUAUUUGUUCUUUAAUCCUAGUGGAAUCAGUUAAUUUAAAUCAUGCCAUUAAGAAAAGAAGAAAAAUUAUCUUGCAAAUAUUUUAUAUUUAUUAUUUCGGCUUUAUUUGUUUUUUUUUAAAUAUUUAUUUGUAAACAAUUUUUUUAUGAUAUGAUGAUUAAUAUUUUUUUUAAAAAAAAAUUAUAUUUAAUGUUAAAUCUUAUUUAUUUAUAUUUAUCACGUAUAUUUUUUUACUGUAUUUUGAGUAUUAACAAAUUAAUUAUUUUUAAUCAUAAUCAGAAAUAAUAU